AUGCCCCACUGGAGAGAUGAGUAUCUGGCUGCGCUUGCAGUGCGAGACCAGCGAGAGAAAGCCAACCUGACGCUCUACGAUGCCUACACUCGCUUGGCAGAUCGAACGGCUCAGCUUGCGUCACAAAGAGAGCCUCAUGGCGACACUGGACAAGGCAGGCUGACCUCGGUCUCCGCGGGCGAGACUCUUCAAGCUAACGUCUCGUCAGCUGGGAGUGGUCUUCGACGACAGCCUCCUGCAGAAACAGGUCCGUCUCCGACAGAGCUCCUAAAAGCAACCCGCGCAGACCUCUCCGAGGCGCAACGCUCUCGAGGUGAACUGCAGGACCAGGUCCGGCGUUUGAGCAUUGAACUUGAAAAGUUGCGCAAGAAGACUGGCCGUGAUGUCCGACGCCUGGAUGCAAUGGAAAGUGAGAAAGCUCUUCUUUCCACACGGCUAAAAGACAGAGAUGAGGAGUUGCGAGAGAAGACCAAAUUACUAGAGCAGGAUUUCCAAGCGGAACUGGCGUCCUUAAACCUCGAGUUCAAUAUGGCCGAGAAACGUUCAAAGGAGCUCCAGCGCGAGAAUGAAGAGCUCGUCGAUCGCUGGAUGGCACGAAUGGGUAAGGAGGCAGAUGCAAUGAACGACGCAAACAAGUUCAUGUGA